UGUCCAAAUGGUAGAACCGAUCUCCUCCAACCGACUCAGGAGUAGGGAUCCCUAGUCCAAUUUUCCUGGAUGGAGAAGCAGGGCGUCCCCAUUUAUAAGCACCUUGGAGGAGCGGCCGCAACCCCAGAACCUGUGGGUCUGAGGGAGGAGGCGGCCGGAGUCCAAGAAACCUAGUCUGCAGGGGGAGGCAUCUGGGGAACCAGAACACCCUCGCUGAGGGAGGAUGGUUCUGGGGCCUUGGACCCAUGGGUCUGAGGAAGCAGGCAGCUGUGAACCUGGACACCUAGUCUGAGGGAGGAGGCAGCGGGUACCCGCACUCCCUGUGCUGGUGUGCUCAACCUCUGCCCCUGCUCACACUCCACACUUCCCAUUCCCCCGUCUCGGAGCCUGGCCAGACAGACACUCCAGGUGGUUGCCCCCUCCCUCUCCUGAGAUGUCAGGGAGGAGACUACCUGUAUCCUACACAGGGGCCCCACAGAGCUUGGGGGCCCCCACCCCCAGAGUGAGGAGGUGGAGGUGCUGCUGACAGGUGUGCAAGCCAUGCUCCCUCACCACUCCCGCUCUCUCUUCCUUUUCCUUUUCCUCCUCCCCAGCGUCCCCAUGGAGCCCCAACCCCCAUCCUCCACCUUGCCCCCAUUUCUGGCCCCUGAGUGGGACCUCCUGUCUCCCCGUGUGGCCCUGUCAAGGGGCGCCCCUGCUGGGCCCCCUCUCCUCUUCCUGCUGGAGGCCGGAGCCUAUGGGGAGCCGGCAGCGACCCCAGCCAACCGCAGCCGGCGUGGGGUGAGUGAGACAGCGCCCGCGAGCCGCCGGGGUGAGCUGGCAGUGUGCGACGCAGUGAGUGGCUGGGUGACGGACCGGCGGACGGCUGUGGACUUGCGUGGGCGCGAGGUGGAGGUGCUGGGCGAGGUGCCUGCAGCAGGUGGCAGUCCCCUGCGUCAGUACUUCUUCGAGACGCGAUGCAAGGCCGAAAGCGCUGGGGAAGGUGGCCCGGGUGUGGGCGGAGGGGGCUGUCGCGGCGUGGAUCGGAGGCACUGGCUCUCAGAAUGCAAGGCCAAGCAGUCCUAUGUGCGGGCGUUGACUGCAGACUCCCAGGGCCGCGUGGGCUGGCGCUGGAUUCGGAUCGAUACAGCUUGCGUCUGCACGCUGCUCAGCCGAACAGGCCGGGCCUGA